AUGUCGAUGCUUGACGACCCCAACUUCGUUGGGCCUGAGGAUGACGAUGACAUGGAUGAGGCCAACCAGGUCUACGAGGAGGACGAUGCUGCCACUCAGGACGCCGAGACGGAGGAUGUAGACUAUGCCCCAGAGCAUGGGGACGAUACGGUCCUCUCGCCAGCUAAACGAGAGGUUGCCCGAGCAGAGGCUGAGCGCCUUAAAUCUCAGUCAAGGCAAAAGAAGGAAUUGCUGGAGCGAAUGAGGGAGCAGCAGAAUGCUUUGGCCACCAUGGGGGAUGCGGAGCGGGCCAGACACCGAAUCAACUUCUUGCUGAAGCAAGCAGAAAUCUUUCAGCACUUCGCGUCGGACUCAGCGAUUAAGGAGGCAAAGAAGGCCAAGGCGAAGGGGCGGGGGACGCGCAAGGAGGAGGACGAGGACGCGGAAUUGCUCAAGGACGAGGACGACGGCGGUGUGAAUGCGGGCCACCGCUUGCAGGUCCAGCCCUCCAUCAUCACGGGCGGGACGUUGCGCGAGUAUCAGAUGCAGGGUCUCAACUGGAUGAUCCAUUUGUAUGACAAUGGCAUCAACGGUAUCCUCGCUGAUGAGAUGGGUCUCGGCAAGACGCUGCAAACCAUCUCCCUGGUGGCUUACCUGUAUGAGUAUCGUGGCAUCACUGGGCCUCAUAUCGUCAUUACGCCCAAAUCCACGCUGGGUAACUGGGUCAACGAGUUCCGCCGCUUCUGCCCCAUCAUCCGUGUCACCAAGUUCCACGGCAACAAUGAGGAGCGGAUGCACCAGAAGGAGUCGACCUGCGCGCCCGGGCGAUUUGACGUGGUGGUGACGAGUUACGAGAUGGUGAUUAAGGAGAAAAACCACUUUAAGCGUUUCCACUGGCGCUACAUCAUCAUUGACGAGGCGCAUCGUAUCAAGAACGAAAACUCACGUCUGUCGCAGGUGGUUAGGCAGCUUAAGACCAACUAUCGGCUGCUCAUCACAGGCACGCCGCUGCAGAACAACCUGCAUGAGCUGUGGGCGCUGCUCAACUUCCUGUUGCCCGAGAUUUUCAGCUCGGCGGAGAAGUUCGAGGAGUGGUUCAGCAUGGGCGAUGGAAGCAAGGAGAAGGAGGCGGAGGUGGUGCAGCAGCUGCAUAAGGUGCUGCGCCCCUUCCUGCUGCGUCGUGUUAAGAGCGAUGUGGAGCGCGGCCUGCCUCCCAAGAAGGAGACUAUCCUCAAGAUCGGCAUGAGCGACAUGCAAAAGAAAUGGUACGCUGCGCUCCUACAGAAGGACAUUGACGCGCUCAACGGCGGCGCCGACCGUGCCAAGCUGCUCAACGUUGUCAUGCAGCUGCGCAAGUGCUGCAACCACCCAUACCUCUUCCAAGGCGCUGAGCCGGGCCCGCCCUUCAUCACUGGCGAGCACCUGAUCGAGAACAGCGGCAAGCUGGUGCUGCUGGACAAGCUGCUGCCGCGCCUUAAGGAGCGCGACUCGCGUGUGCUCAUCUUCAGCCAGAUGACCCGCAUGAUCGACAUCCUGGAGGACUACUGCCUGUACAGGGGCUACGGCUACUGCCGCAUCGAUGGUAACACGGGUGGUGACGACCGUGACAACAUGAUUGACGAGUUCAACAAGCCGAACUCGUCCAAGUUUAUCUUCCUGCUGUCCACUCGCGCCGGUGGUCUGGGCAUCAACCUUGCCACGGCCGAUAUCGUCGUGCUCUAUGACAGCGACUGGAACCCGCAGAUGGACUUGCAGGCCAUGGAUCGUGCCCAUCGUAUCGGCCAGAAGAAGGAGGUGCAAGUCUUCCGCUUUUGCAUCGAGAACUCGAUUGAGGAGAAGGUGAUUGAGAAGGCCUACAAGAAGCUGCGCCUGGACGCGCUGGUCAUCCAGCAGGGCCGCCUGACGGAGAACAACGCCACCAAAGUCAACAAGGACGACCUCAUCAACAUGGUCCGAUACGGUGCCGAGCUGGUCUUCAGCAGCGACUCCUCCAACAUCACGGACGCGGAUAUUGACGCCAUCAUCAAGAAGGGAGAGCGCGACACGGCGGACCUCAACCAGAAGAUGCAGCAGUUCACGGAGAACGCUAUGAAGUUCACCAUGGAUGGCGGCAUUGCGUACGACUACAAGGACGAGGAUGAGGGCGGCACCGACAUCGGUGACCUCAAGGCCAUCAUGGGCUCAAAUUGGGUCGAUCCGCCUAAGCGUGAGCGCAAGCGCCACCUGCUUAACUACAACGACGCCGAGUAUUACAAGAACGCCAUGAAGGCCGGCGCAAAGGGCGAUCCACGCGGGCCCCGCCUGCCCAAGAUGCCCGUGUUGCAGGACUUCCAGUUCUACAACGUGACGCGCAUCCAGGAGCUGUACGAGAAGGAGCACCUGUAUGAGACGCAUAAGCACGCGAUGGCGGCGAAGGAGGCCUCCCUCAAGAACCAGGGAGCGAGCGAGGAGGCGCUGGCGGAGGCGCUUACGCCCUCCGCGGACGACCCACAGCCGCUGACGGAGGAGGAACAGGCGGAGCGCGAGCAGCUGCUCGAGGACGGCUUCAAGGAUUGGACCAAGAGGGACUUCAACGCCUUUGUCCGAGCAUGCGAGAAAUACGGGCGAGAAAACAUCCCGCAGAUCGCUGCCGAGGUGGACGGCAAGACGGAUGAGGAGGUCCACGCCUACGCCAAGGUGUUCUGGAAGCGUUACCGCGAACUGAGCGACUGGGAGAAGGUCAUCAAGAACAUCGAGCGCGGUGAGCAGAAGAUCCAGCGGCAGCAGGACAUCAUGAACGCUGUGGCUGCCAAGCUGGAGCGGUACAAGAACCCUUGGCAGGAGCUCAAGAUCCAGUACGGUGCCAACAAGGGCAAGGCGUACACCGAGGAGGAAGACCGCUUCAUCCUGUGCAUGGUGCAUAAGCUUGGGUACGGCAACUGGGACGACCUCAAGGCGGAAAUCCGCAAGAGCUGGCGCUUCCGGUUCGACUGGUUUUUCAAAAGCCGCACACCGCAAGAGCUGGGCCGCAGGUGCGAGACGCUUAUCCGCCUGAUUGAGAAGGAGAACGAGGACAUGAAGGAGGAGACGGACAAGGGCACUCGGGGGCGGGGAGGCGGCGGUGGCGGUCGCGGUGGCGGCCGGGGAGGCCGUGGCGGGGGCGCAGCCGGCGCCGAGGGUGCGGGCACGGGCCGCAAGCGCAAGAGCACCGCAGCGGGGGCGUCCGCGGCGGCAACGCCAGCCAUAGGCGGCACCCCACAGCCAGGCAGCGAGGAUGGGUCACCACAGCCUCCAGACCGCAAGAAGGGCCGUGUAUAA